UCAAGUUUUUUUUUUCUUUUUGAGAUUUUCAAGGGUUGACAAAUAUGACCAAGAUUAUAUAAUGUUGAAGUAAAAUUUAUGUCCCAGUCUUGGCAGGGGAGCCAGCCUAAUUUUGGAAUGGUUUAUUAUUUUUAAAGUGUCUAGAAGGAUCUAAUGUCAAGUUAAAACGGUGUGAAUAAGUGCAUGCAGGAUUCCUAAGAACAAGAGAGAAAAAAAUACGAAAACGUGGGGAUAGAGGAAAACAAUACUGGUAUGAUUGUGAGUGGACGAGGACAGAGAACGCUGCGAAGAAGGAUCAAUACACGUAAUGGAGAGAGAGAGGAAAGCAUGAUACAGUUUGAAGAAGGAGAUAGCACGGGAAAGAUUGCCUGUUAAACAAUAACUGUGGGUAUGAUGAAUCAGGAACAAUGCGUUGUAGAAUCAACUUCCGUUUCUACAUUCUACUUCUGUGUGCUGUAUAUUUCACGAUGCUGUACAUAUUCCACGGGAACUUGCAGUCCGAAGGAAAAAGCCGGACUUGGGACAAGCAGGCUGUACUUGCCGAGUUUGAAACAGCCUUCUUGAAAAUUAAAUCGCCAAUUGAUAUAAAGAGGAAAGUUUUAGAAUCACAACAGGAAGUAUUCGAUACUACAGCUCUGAAACAUGCAAAACAAAUUAAUACACCAAGAAGAACGACAGAAGGCUCUAAAAAGAAGGAUACUGUCGUUCCAGUCAGCAUUAACAAAAUUCAAAGCAUUCCAAAUAAUGUGUUGAAAUCAUCUAAUUGUUGUAUACCAGCUUUAACUGCAAAUAGAUCUUUUCAAGCAUUAGAACCCUCGUUUUAUGUCUAUUCAGCGUAUUUAGACAAGAGAUACAGUGAUAAGUUUGUUCGGAUAAUGGCGGUGCUAGCAUUAAAUAAAGCCAAUCGUCGUUUGACAGUUUUCUGUAAUUUUAGAAAUAACAAUGGUUCUGAAACCAAAACAACUGCCAUAUUUUAUGAACUUUGCGAGAAUCAUGGACGGACUUAUGGUGGUUUUGUUUUGUCUUGCCCUAUCCCUGAUGAGGAUAUUUGUCAGGUGAACGUUUCGGUGCAGAUUGAAGCAGUGAAGCGGUUUUAUGUUGUUCCGGAAACUGUUCCAGUCCAUCUACGGGUAUCACGGUUAAUACCGCCAACCUUAACAAAUUCAGUUCGUGAACGACGUGACAAUAAAAUGAGUGGUGCUUUGAUUAACACACCUUAUACUUUUAGCAUUUGCGUCCCGCCACUUUUUGGCGAUAUUGAUGUUAGUAGAUUUGUUGAAUUUAUAGAACUUAACAGAAUACUAGGAUUUCAGCAUUUUAUCUUUUAUAUUUCAACUAUAAAAAAUCCAGACAUGUUUAAAGUCUUAGAUUACUAUAAGGCAAUUGGUAUAGUAACUUUGAUAGAAUGGACUCUGCCGUCGGUUAUACAUAAUGGACAGAUUUGGUAUAAUGGGCAACUUAGUGCCCACAAUGAUUGCAUGUAUAGGUCAAUGUCUCUCACACAAUAUCUUGCCAUCAUAGAUCUAGAUGAAUUCAUCGUUCCCCACAAUGGGGACGCAACUCUUACAAACCUCAUUCCAAAGCUUUUUGGGGACAAUGUAUGUGGCCUCAGCUUUCAUAGUGCAUUUUACGACAAGAAAUUUUCUAAGAGUAAAUCAACCAGUAAAUUAUUGACAGCUAGACACACUGGCAGAAGUGCAAUAUUUAGUAAAGUGCGAACAAAAGUACUUGUGAAACCUUCGAAAAUAUUCGAAGUUGGAAUUCAUCAUAUCAGUAAACCUGCGGGGGAAGAUUUGAAAGUGGAAAAGGUCGACACUUCAGUUGCAUAUCUUCAUCAUUACAGGGACUGUGUGCCAAACUAUGGCAUGAAGUGUAAGGAGUUUGUUGAGGAUAACACAUUGCUCAAUGUUACGUCACAGUUAGAGGACAAUGUUAGUAAAGUUCUUGAAACAGUAUUUGAGGAGCAAAUGAAGAAACAAAAAGAUAACGUCAAAAUUAUGUCUAAAAUAUAAUGUCUGUUCUAAAUAUCUUGUUUAUGUUGAUGGAAAUGUUUUAGAGUAAUCUCAACCUUCCUGUUGUUUGAUAAAUAUUUAAUGUGUUUUUGUUCUAGAAGUUGCAAAAAAAACAGAAAUCUUUAUAAAAUAUGUCCUUUAGAAAUACAUUCCACAACUGCCAAUAUUUUAUUCUAGAAAUUAUGGAAAAACAAAGUGAAAAUUUUGAGAUUUAGGGUUAUUAAAUCUAGAU